AGUUAAACUGCAGACCUGUGGCUUCUGUUAGGACGAGGAUCCAGUCACCUAACUCUUACUAUUUUAAAGAGAGUAAAUAACGAAGGAGGAAGUUUGCCUUCAGUCCUCCAUGGACAGGUUCGGAACGGAAUUCCACACGUCAGCACAGAGAUGGCCCGACACUGGCGUGUCUCCACGAGCACUUUCUCAAGCGCUGCCUCUUCCGAGUGCAGUACUGAAUUUGUGGUUCGACAAGUUCGACGACAGGCCUCCACCCCUUCCGCACGAACGAGCGCGCCGGAGAAAAGGUCCUGGAGGCGAAGCGCUGUGGGGGUUGGGGGAGGAGUCAGUGUGCGGCCGGUGCGCUCUUUCUGCGCUCAGACGCUCGCUCCUCGAGCCCAUUCAUCGGAGCGCCGCGAGAGCCCCAACAUGGCCCCUGUGUGCGUGCGGCGCAUUUUGAUCAGCGAAAGUGUCGAUCCUUGCUGUAAAAAGAUUCUGCAGGAGAAUGGAAUCGAGGUAACGGAGAAACAGAACCUGACCAAGGAUGAGCUGGUGGCUGAAAUAAAGGACUAUGAAGGACUGGUGGUACGAUCUGCAACGAAGAUAACUGCUGAGAUCAUCAAUGCUGCCGAUAACCUCAAGAUCAUCGGCCGUGCUGGUACCGGUGUUGAUAAUGUGGAUGUGGAUGCUGCUACCAAGAAGGGCAUUAUUGUAAUGAACACUCCAGGUGGCAAUACUGUCAGUGCCGCGGAGCUUACCUGUGCGAUGAUAAUAAGUCUCUCCAGACAUGUGCCACAAGCUGUCAUGUCCAUGAAGGCAGGAAAGUGGGAGCGCAAGAAGUUCAUGGGUUCAGAGCUGUAUGGCAAAGUUCUUGGGAUAAUCGGACUGGGAAGAAUUGGGAAGGAGGUGGCCACCAGAAUGCAGUCCUUUGGAAUGAAGACUAUCGGCUAUGACCCCAUUACUCCCCCAGAAGUGUCAGCUACAUGGGGCGUAGAGCAGAUGUCCCUGGAGCAGCUUUGGCCUCAGUGUGAUUACAUCACUGUACACACCCCACUCAUGCCCUCCACCACAGGGUUAUUGAAUGAUGCUACCUUUGCCGAGUGUAAGAAGGGUGUAAAAGUCGUGAACUGUGCUCGUGGGGGCAUCAUUGACGAGGACGCCCUUCUCCGGGCCCUGGAGUCUGGUCAGUGUGGGGGCGCUGGCCUCGACGUCUUUGUAGAGGAGCCACCAAAGAACCGGGCUCUGGUGGACCACUUCAACGUGAUCAGCUGCCCUCAUCUGGGCGCCAGCACCAGAGAGGCACAGGCUCGCUGUGGGCAGGAAAUAGCCUUGCAGAUUGUGGACAUGCUGAAGGGCAGGGAACUAGUGGGUGCGGUGAAUGCCCAGGUGUUGGCACACUCAUUCUCCCCAGAAUCUCACCUUUGGAUCAGACUGGGCGAAGCCCUAGGGGCAGUGCUGAGGUCCUGCACCACUUCAAAGCAACCUUAUGACCAAGUGGAUAUUACAACCCUAGGAAGCUCCCUGAAAAGUUCCUGUGAGCUCCUGAGUUCAGCUGCAUUGGUGGGAUUACUCAAGGAUGGGUCAAGAAAUGGCCCCAACCUUAUCAAUGCGCUAACAGCAGCAAAGGAGGCUGGUAUCAUGGUCAACAAGAAACACAACAAUGAAGGCUAUAGCUUGAUCCAGAAAGCAUGUGUGAUGGAGCUAUCUGUCAACGGGAUUAAGUACACGGCGACUGGCUCAAUUCAAGGGGACGUCCCAGUUCUGUUGGACCUGAAUGGGAGUGAAUUUCGGCAGCCUGUUCCCCUCACUGGGAACUUGCUCUUCUUCAAGGCGGCGGUGACCCCUCAGCUUCUACCCACUGUCACUGGUGUGCUGGCUACUGCGGGGGCGGAGGUGCAGUCGUUCAGUACAUCUGCUACCCGUGGAGGGGACCAGUGGUCCUGCAUUGGCCUCUCCACUGCUCUUAGUGACCUUGCUGCCUUGAAGUCCCUGGUGAAGGAAGUGGCUGCCGUCUCAAUCUAAAACGACACCAAGGGCUUUACACUAUGAUGAUUUCUAGACAGGUGUUACCACCUAAUGAUUGGUAGUUACCAUUGAAAGACUGCGAGCUAGUAUUGUAGAGUACAGUUAACAUGUGUCAAAUUAUUAUACAGAUAUCCAAUAGGAGUUACUAAGUUGCAUAAACGGUUUGUCUUGUCAAGAAUUAAAUAAAAACAAAUUAUUACUCUAUAAUCAAAAUUAUCUAAAUUUUUGUGUGUCACAUUAAGCAUCAUACACGUAGACCUGGUUGAUUGCACUUACAUGCAUUUUAAUGAUGUGGUCUAGCAGAGGAUCUCUCUAAACAUGUGGAUGACUGAAUUGUUUAAAUUUUUAACACCUGAAAAAUUUGCUUUAUUUGCAUGCCAGUUUUAAUGAAUUCUGUUUUAUGAGCACCUUUCUGGCAGUUAAGUGCUACAUAAUCAUACCUGUGAUAUAUUUUAACUUUUUGACCUUAAGCUCUUGCUUUAUGUGCAUGGUGAUAUCUGCAUUUUCUUGGUGUGCUGUCUCUGUGUGGUGCUGUAACCGUAUGCUCUUCAUUAAACUAAUUUUAAAAAAUAAAUUACCU